AUGGCUAGUGCAUUAGAAAGAAAUGGAGAUAAACUAAAACUUCCUCAAGGGAAAUAUUAUCUUGUUGAUGCGGGAUACCCAUUAAAGGCUGGACUUAUCACGCCUUAUAGAGGUGUGCGCUACCAUUUAAAAGAAUGGUCCUCACAUCGACCGGAGAAUCCUCGAGAGUUAUUCAACCUUCGACAUGCAUCACUACGCAAUUUUAUUGAGAGAAUUUUUGGUGUCUUGAAGAAACGAUUUCCUAUCAUAGGAAGCAGUACUGAACCAACAUAUGAUGUUAAUACUCAAGUUGAUAUUAUUUUAGCAUGUUGCAUCAUACACAACUAUUUAAUGGGCAUGGAUCCUGAUGAAAGCCUUAUUAAUGAAGUAGACCGGGAGCUGUUGAAUGAAACUCAAAAUGAAGAGGCUGGUCCAGUUGAGGGAAGUGAAGAUCAUAGUUUAGGGGAAUACUUGAGAGAUUCAAUAGCUUCCCAUAUGUGGCAUAACUAUGUAGCUAAUCAAAUGUGA